AUGAACCAUCCUCGUGGCCUUGAGGCCACGGGUGCUGCGAACGGUGAGCUGCCGAACAUCGAUGUGUUCAUCAACCUCUCGGUGGCACAUGAGGCAGACAAGCAGAUCCCGAAAGACCUGCUGCAGGCGGCGGUGGAAGAGUUCACGCUGCGCUGGCAGCUGAGGCCGCAGGCGGCCAGGAGGAUCAGCUCCCUUCCGCCAGCAGGCCAGUGCUUCGCCCUGCAGAACUUCCGGCCGGAGCACAACUCCUGUGCCUCUGAGGCCCUUGAGCGCUACGUGGACCGCUUGAAGGUCCAGAAACCUGCCCCCUGGGGGCUCAGUGCGUGCACGCUCCGGGUAGAGGCCACCGGCGCCAUCAUUGGCAGGUGUUGUCCUGACCUGGAUGCGCUUUGUCGAGAAGACGCUCCAGAGCGCUUAGCGCAGGCGCACUGCAAGAUCCGCUCGGAGCAGGAUCGGUUCUUCCUUUGCGACAUGGAGACGUCGGAGGAGGACGGCACCACCUUGGACGGCUACGCGGUGAACAACCAGUGGAUUGGGCCGCUGAAGAACGGCAGUCUCAUUGUGUGUGGUCCACUGCGGAUCAAGAUCCAGCUGAGCGAGAUGGCAAAGGACACUCCACUGGAUGCGAGCAUCAUGAGACAAAUGUCGCUGAAGAGACCAACGGACUCAGACGAUGAGGAUGAUCCGGCCUGGCAGAGGAAGGUCUACCAGCGAACCGAGGAGGAUGCCAAGCUGGCAUGGAUUGCUCGGCGGGAGCAGUACAAGGACCGCGCUGAAGAGAGAAGGAAGAAGCACAGCGACAGCGGUGCUGCCAUCGAUACCUUGGUCAACAAGUUUGAGAAGAUUGUUGAGGCCGAGCGUAUCGCCGCGGAGGUGGAGGCACAGCGUGUGGACAUGCCGGUGCAGGAAGCACAACGAGAGGCCUGCAUGAACGUGGACGGCAGCUUUGUCGGCUCCGCGAACAUGGAGCGUGCCGGCAUCGGCUUCAACACUUCCAUGAGCGCAGAGCUCAUCCCCAACGUCCUGGACCCCAAGUCCCUGUCGCGGCAGGACAGCGCGAAGAUCAAGAUGCAGAUGCGCUUCAAACAGGCAGAUGGGCCUCGUCUCCAGCCAGCCAAGGAACGCCAGUCUUGGAGGCGCCUUGAGGCAGCUUCUCUCGCCUACAGGCGAGGCUCUCCCAGGAUGCCAGAGGAGCGCAAGUCCGAGAAGAAGUCCAAGAAGGGUCAGGGGCGCAGUCGCCAUCAACCGGAUGCUGCCCAGGAGGGCUGGCAGCGUCGGCAGAGUCACUCCGCUCUGGAGGAGACGUCGCUGCCCCCCGGCCCUGUCGCAACACCAGCGGAGCUUGGUGCCGCGGCCUCCGCGGCAUCUGAGCAGGCACGCCCGGAGCCGGAGCCGGCGGAGCCGGCGGAUGCGGAGGAGGCGGAGGAGGCUGUCGUUGUCCCGGAGGUCCCGGAGGUGACAGAAUGUGCUCAGGAGGAGGCAGUGAGUGCAGUGGCCACCCUGGCCACGCAGACGGAAGCUGAGGCUGUUUGCGCAGCGGUCACGGCGCCCGCCCAGGCGGCUCCAGUCGAAGCUCUCAAGAAACAGCUGGAGGAAGAGGAGAGCACUGUUGCCGCACGCUGGGCAGAGCUUCAGAAGUCGGCCAGGUGCCGCCUGCAGCAGGGGCAGGAAGCCUUUACGGUGGUGCAAGGGAAGGUGAAGUCCUUGACGGGUGACAAACAGCUCCAAGCCGGCGUGGUGGGCGCCGGCACGGGCGCAGUUGUCUUGGGCACAGGCGGAGCCAUCUCUGGCCUUGCCAGCGGCGGUCUGGUCGGUGCUGCUGUAGGUGUGGUGCCGGCCAUCUUCACCUUCGGCCUCUCCAUCCCCUUCUGCGCAGCGAUCGGGGGAGGUGCAGGACUGGCCGUGGGUGCGGCCGGCGGUGCCACUGCUGGGGCAGUGGCUGGUGGCGCCACAGGCUAUGGCGCUUAUGGCCGCCGCCACCAGAUCCGAGAGAAGGCUUCGAGGACAUACGAACAGGUCAGCACCGGAGCAGACUUCGUGAAGACGAGGGCCAAUGCCGCCACAGCAUUCCUCUCCGAGCGCGCCACGCUGGCACGGGCCAGGAUCUUGGGAGGUGGCACUGGUGGAACAGAGGCAUUGGACUGAGCACACAGCGCCUUAGCUUGCGGCUUUAGCCGUCUACGAUUCGCUUUGCUCGUCAAAUACAAGGUGCCCGAUCGAUUGCACCACGUCGAGUCCGUGGGCUUCCAAUCCUGGAUGAC